AUGGUGAUGAAUUUGGAGAGAUGGAGAUUGAAUGGGUACACGAACAAGCUGGAGCACUGGAUGAGGAUCCAGAAACGACACCGGAUUUACGAACUGGGUUCGUUGCCGCCGUUUCUGCUUGUAUUUGCCGGAAACGUUGAGAGGGUGGAGCACCGGUGGAAUCAGCACGGAUUAGGUGGAGAUAAUGUUGAAGGGUUGUGUAGGGAUUUGCAUCCGGGCCCAGUUAGCUUGCUGCAUUGGAGUGGGAAAGGGAAGCCAUGGUUGAGGUUGGAUUCCAAGAAACCGUGUCCGUUGGAUAGUCUCUGGAAGCCUUAUGAUCUAUUCAAGCACCGACAUUUAUUUUCCGACAGCUGA